AGUGACACGGAAUUAGAACGGUGAAAUGGAGGAGUAAUUUUUUUAUUGCGAUCUUGCGUGAAAUUGAAAAAAUGUAAUAAAUCGGCCCAACUAUGAAAAUAAAAUAAGUGUUUAUAAUUUGCUGAUAACAAUAGGCGUUCGGACGCAGAGUUGUUGAAAGUUUUAAAAGACUUUGUUAUAUUGUGUUUAAGGACUUAAAAGAAGAAAAGAUUCCGCGGCGCGGAACAUUCUCUGUGACCGGCCACCAAACUGGAAUUAAUGUUGAAAUACUUCAAUGAGAACAUAUCCCUAGCGCUGCAGGAGAGGUACAGGGACCUCCAUGAGUAUCGGAAGGAGGUAGAGGAUUCACCGAGGGAGGCUAAAGUACCGAAAAUAGCUGAGGAGAGUGAGGCAGUCGGCGGCGAGGGCGCGUUUGAGGGGAGCGCCGCGCCGCCGUUCCCUCGGCUCCUGGAACAGCCUAAAGAAGAGGAGAGCUUCGUGGCGAGCUGGCUCCAGAACUCCUUUAAGAUGACAGCGGCUGAAGGGAACGAAAGCACAGCGGGAGGAAGUGCGUUAGACCUUCGCGCGGCUCCCUUGUCGCUUCACAUACCAGCCAUACAGACAGAAGCCCAGAGGUUUAAGAUGCAGGAGUUCUGGAAUCGUAGCCGCCCGCCCUCACCAGGUCAAGAGCCGGAGCACAGCCAGCCAGGGCCAGCACCUCCCACUCCACAGCCACCACCAACACCUGAUCACAAGAUUAUGACAGAAAAACUCGUUAGUGAAAUUCAGCAGCAACAGCAGUCGCCAUCAGCAGACUCCACCAUGAGCGAGAGAUCCCUCGUACCAUUUGCGCUGGUAAAUUUUCUCAACUCACUCAAUAAUGUCGAUCCUCAGCAGUCACCGACAGGAGAAGCCCCAAUUGGAGACAGGAGCACCAUGCUGCCCUUCGCUUUGCAACAAGCAAGAUCUGGCCAGAGUAUCAGCGAGCGAACGUUAGAAGAAUGCUGGUCAACCCUACAACGAAUCUUCAUGCACAAGAACGCAAUGCAAAUGCACGCGAGAGAGUUGCAGCGAGGGUUAGGAGGCGAGGUGAAGCCACACCAAUGCCAGCAGUGCUUGAAGUCAUUCAGCUCGAACCACCAACUCGUACAGCACAUCCGGGUCCAUACAGGAGAGAAGCCAUACAAGUGCUCGUAUUGUGACCGACGGUUUAAGCAGCUCAGUCAUGUUCAGCAGCAUACGAGACUUCAUACUGGUGAACGCCCAUACAAGUGCCACUUACCCGACUGCGGAAGAGCCUUCAUCCAGCUCUCGAACCUUCAGCAACAUCUCCGAAACCACGACGCUCAGGUCGAACGGGCCAAGAACAGACCCUUUCAUUGUAACAUUUGUGGCAAAGGUUUUGCGACUGAAAGCAGCCUGAGAACACAUACAGCCAAGGAGCUUCAGCUGCACCUUGGUGUUUUGCAGCAACACGCAGCGCUAAUGAUCGGUGGUGCCACAGCAACACCAUGCCCCAUAUGCCACAAAGUGGUUUUCGGUGGCGAAGCACUCGUUGAACAUAUGAAGAACACGCACAAGGACCCUAACGCGUCCGGUGUUGCCAGUCCGCCCGCCACAUCACCAUACCCAGCGCAAGCUAAACCUGUUGAUCCUUAUAUAGCGAAGCGGAGGACUGCGAAUCAUCCGUGUCCUGUUUGCGGGAAGCAUUACGUAAAUGAGGGUUCCUUGAGGAAGCAUCUCGCCUGUCAUCCAGAAACUCAACUCACAAGUGGUCUACGAAUGUGGCCCUGUUCUGUUUGCCAAGCUGUAUUUACACAUGAGAGUGGUCUACUCUCACACAUGGAGCAUAUGAGAAUGGAACCGAAACAUCAAUUCGCAGCGCAGUACGUCCUAUCCCGAGCUGCCGCAGAAAGACGAGAGCGGGACAUUCUCGCGGCAGUCUCAGCAUCCGCCGGUGGUUCUGGUCUACUCAACUUGGCCCCACCGUCACCAACUCAUUCAGACUCAUCAUCGAAUGGUCGCCUGUCUUCCUCAGCUGGCUCUGAAGCUGGGACUGCGGUAAACAAACUCUCUGACUUACUCCGAUCUAAUAACGGUCACCAAUAUGGCGAUGAAAGAGUCGCCGCCAUUGCAGCAGCCGCAGCCAAUAUGAUGGCUCAACCUGGAGAAGGACCCAAUCCAGUGCAAGUAGCAGCGGCUAAUUUGGUGACAGCAAUGCGCCAACAGUUAGCUCGUGGUGAUCCAGUACAACAACCCACAGAAACUCCAGCUCCAACGGAAGCCGCACUUAGAAUCCAACAAGCUGAAGCAUUGCUACGAAGCCAAGCCGAAGCAUUACGGUUGGCCGUCACACAAGCGGCUGCUGGACAUAACUCGGAAAACCCCAGUCCGUUACGUCAUAACGGUUUUCCACAACCAAGUGACGUAAGUGGACAAUUGUCUCCGGAAUUAGUGGAAGCAUUCAGAAUUGCGCAGGAACAACGCCUGGAACAGGCUCUGCGGUUGCACGAUCCUAGAAUGCUAGGAUUUAAUUUGCCAUCUCCUGUGCAACAAGCUGCCCAGCAGGCUGUAGCUGCCCAGCAAGUCGCACAAGCUCAAGCACAAGUCCAAGCUGCUCAAGCAGCACAAGCUGCUGUUCAGCAGCAACAGCACAUGCAACAAGCCGCACAAGCCGCGCAGCAAGCCGCACAACAAGCCGCCCAGCAAGCAAUCCACCUCCAACAAAACCCUCAGCCGUGAAAGUUCACCUAUUACUAAUCCGACGCGAUUCCGUUUCAAUAUUUUUACCGCGAAAUUUAUUAUACACAUUAAAUGCAUAUAUUUUUGAAUGGAAAUUUAUUUUGGAUGGAGCGUGAAAUGUUAUCGCCUCUGAUUAGUGAUUGAGUUUUUUGUUUCUAAUGAUUUUUGGAUACAAAAUUAAAAAUAGUUGGCUAAAUUAUACAGUGAUUAUGAUAAAUUUAGAUAGUCUAUCUGGUGUAAAUAGAAUAUUUAGAUGAAACGAAAUUUGUGUACAUAAUAUUAAUAAAUGUACCUUAAUAUAGAACGAAAUGGAACAAAAACUCGCCGAUCAAAUUAGGGGUAGGGUCAAAUGACGUCAUAGCUACUUCAGUGCAAUUUUGGUGGCUUAUCGUUGAGUGUUUUAUUUGAUGUUUAUGAUUUAUUGCAAUAACUUAGUGUAAAGUGUGCUCUGAUUCCAUGGGACAUUUUGUUACUACUUCGAUAAGGCUCUAAAAGCAAAAUAAAUUAACAGACAAGAAAUUCUUGUAACAAUUUAGAAGUAUAUAGUAUAUUUGAAAUAGUUACAAUACGACUAUUUGUACAGAUGAUGGAAUUAGAAAGUUGUUAUUCAGCCAAAUGUGGCCUUUCCUAGCUUAUUUUUUUUAAUUAUAUACACCAGGAACUCUGUGAAUCAGGCGAAAGAUAUUUAUGUGCCAAAAUAAUCGCACAGAAUCGCAUUUAGCGAAUGAGCAAUAUACUGUUGCAAUAUAUUUCUGUUAUAUUAUUUAGUUUUUCUUUUAAUUCUAUUUUCACGCAAUAACACGCCUUAUGCUAGUCAAGUUCGCACGAAUCUGUUUACAAAUCAAAAUUUUAUUUUAUUUUCUUUAUUAAAAAUCCUUUAUUUAUACUUUGGCUUGAAAGAGUUUUAUAUUGCCAUAUUAGAAUAAUGUUUGUAAAUAGCUAGGCGUAUCGCACAAUGUUGAUGCUUCUGUUUGUAAUCUAAAGGAUAUUUUAUUUUAUUAUAAUAUUAUGAAUUAUUUUUGAAGAAUUAUCUUAUAUUGUUUACAUUUUAUUUGUAUUGUUGUAAAUAAGUAAAUGAAUUAUGUUUUACAAGACUGCCGUUUUUGUUAUACUCUGAAGUAUUCAUGAAAACAAAUAGCGAUUAUUCACCGAAUAAGGACGUAACUUAAAUACUUAAUCAGACGAACGUCGAAAUAGAACUUCGACAAGUGUGUUGAAAAGACACGAGACAUUCUUUCAUACACGGACUCAGACGAAGCCCAUAUAUUUAUUUUAAUUUACACAUUUUUCACAUUAAAUAUACAAUAGCCCACAUCAUGAUCUUCGAUCAUGUUGCUCAUACAACAAGAUUCAUAAUCAUGUUGCUCAAACAACAAGAUUCAUAAUCAUGUUGCCAACCCAACAGCAACGUAAGUUGCAGUAAUAGUUUUAUAGUUUACAAUAUUAAAAAUUACAAAAUCCUCCCAAAUUUGCAAAAAAAUGGAAGGAUUUUGUAAUUAUAUUAAGAAUGUCAAGUGUUGCCGAAUAUUCUUUAAUAUUAUCAUCAUGUAUUAUACAUUAAGUGUCAAUAUGUAUGGAUAAGCACUUUAAUGUUAUGUUUAUUCAUAUACAUUGGCAGUUCUACUUAUAAUCGUAUAGGUAAGGUAAGGUAAGCUGAUUUUAAUGUACGUAAUUAUUUCAUUCUUAAAUUAAUACCGAUAUCGGAACAGUCGUAGUAAGAUGACUGUUAGAUAUCGACUUAAACUGAAAAAUAAUGCAAUAGCCCAAAUCGUUUAUGGUUUUUAUCGUGACAUUUUAUGUGAAUGACUUUAUUUAUUAAUUGUUGUUUUCAUCGUUCUUUGUUGUUUAUUUACAAAUGCAAAAAGUUUCGGCCAAUUUUACUUAUGAUUUGGAGUGAACUGGUAAGUAUUGACGCGAUGGAUAACAGAUGAUUUCUAGGAAACGUGAGACUUUACAAUUUUACUGGAAAAUACAGAAAUUUCGACUGAAAAUAAAAUUGUUGCAAACGCAACUACGUGAACGGAUCGCUAUUUAUAUAAAAAAUGAAUUUCUCAAUAAAUUUUAAUAUAUUAAUAAAUUUAAUAUAACAACAAAAGAAGUUCCUAUGAAUAUUGUAUAAAUGGUAUUGUUUUAAAUUAGGUCGUAGUAGAAUGAAAAAUUUAUGGACGUUUGGUAUUUUUAAAGUUAAUUAUAAACCAUCGUUUAAAGACGAACGUAAUUAUGCUCGUGAGUGCGAGUUGUACAAAUAAAAUUGAAGCACGGAUCGUGUCUCCUACAUUAGAUUUUUAGAACAAGUUACGUUUCCAGAAAAGUGUUCAAAUCUUAAUUUUUGAGUCAGAAUUCUUGCGGCGCGGCAUAUUUGUUAGAGAUUCUAUUUUCGAAGUUGCAAAUUUAUAAUCAGGGUUAAUUUAGACGAUAAAAAAAUAUACAAAAAUAGAACGGCAACAAGAAUACUGAUUCAAUAUAAUAUAUAUGUUCUGUGAUCAUCAAGAUGGAAUAGUUAUAAAAGAUCGUGUCUGCAAAUUGACAAAGUUAUGUUUAAGUUUUUGACGAUUAAAUUUUUUAAUGUUGAAAUAAAAAAAAGAUAAGAAUUGUAAAAUUUUUUCUACAUUUAUUUUAUGAUGAAAUUCCAUAGAUAAGCUGUAUAUUAUAUGAAGCCUAAUUACAGUUUAUAUGCGAUGGAAGUCGCUCGGACGAUGGAAUGGAAAAUAUAGUCAUAAGACUUUACAUGUCAUAUUUUCCAGUCUUUCAAUUUUUAAUAACAAUAGUACUGGGUUCUGUUAAUGUAAAUGUACGGAAAAUAGAAUUCCGUAUGAUUCUUCAUAUAAAUGCGCUGUUGGUGAGUUUUCAUUGAGAAAUGUUCGCGACGUAACAUACGUUAUAGUUUUAUUGGCUUUUGAUAUUAAUGAUAAUAAUUUUAUAUGUUUCUGUUACUAGGAUAAUGAGUUACAUUUAUUAAUCGCUGUAUUAACAACAUGAGACGUAUAGAAUCUGAAAAAUCUAAAAUAUAUUAACAUUAUUGUGGUUGAAGAGCGUAAACGGUGUAAAGUAUUCUUUUAUACCUGCUUAGGAAUAGUUAUUCGAUUCAUCAAAAUCAAAAAAAAAAAGAAUAAUGUCUUAAAAAUAAAUUAAGUACUACAAAAUCGUGUAAUACUUGCAUCCCUAAAGCAAACUUACAAUCUGAAAAGGUCUAAUUUAGAUAACCACAUCGCUAAUCAAAUAACUUUGUGAUAGGGACUAAAACUAAAAAGUAUAAAACUAGUAAGGUUCUGGUAUAAAUAAACCUGAAAAAUUAAACAACAAACAAAUUUCAUUGAAUAUUAAAAAGAAAUAAUAAGAAAAAUGAUAUGUGUAAAUUUCUAGUAUUAAUUUAAAAUCUACUUCAGAAACAAGAGAAUGCAUAAAAUUUAAGGAUAAAAAAUAUCCGUUUAUUGCUUUCUUUUAGAACAUAGCUAUCAAGAAUGCAGUUUCUCGAAAUUUUUUAAUAUUAUAAAUUAAUUAAAUUGACUUAUAAAUAAAAUAUUAAAUGGGAUUUUUAAAUAAUAAUAUCUUCUCAUUGCAAAAGACUAUAAUGGCGGUUAUCAGGUUGUAUUUUGCUAUAUAAAAUAUAAAGUGGACUUCAAAUAACAUCAAUUAUUAAACAACAAAUAUUAUUUAUGUUGUCCAGUCGUACUGUUAGCAUAGAAUUCGCGUCCAUCAAGCGAUUACAUUACAUUUUUUAUUUGUUAUAAAAUAUUGUAGUCGGAUCUCAACAACGACAAUAAUUGUUGUUGAUCAAACAGCAACGUGUCUUUGUAACAACAACUUUCUGAAUCCGGCAACAAUGUUGCUUGUUAAGUUUUUAAAUAAUACAUUGCUGUUGAUUUGAAUUACUCAUCCUAAUUGACUGUUAAUGUUUUAAUUUUGAUGCUUCGUCGUUUUUGUUAUGAUUGUCUGCUCUUUUUUAAAUACUUAGCCAAAUAUACACAUUUAUUCGUAAGUUAAGUGUAGUCAGGAUAACCAGGUUUUCAAUUUUUAACACAAGUAGUAGUAAUUACAUGUAUUCUUAUUGUGUAAGUUAGUUAUAAAUGUAAUGUAAUUGUGGACUCGUUUGUAACUGAUAUCUAUUAUGGACGAGUUCAGUAUAAUGCGGAAUAAAGCAUAAUAAUUAAUAAUAAGCUCAUACUCCGUGUUAAGUAGUGAACAACGAAAAAAUCAUAAAUACAAAAAAAGUACUUAAUGUAAUAGUUAAUAUUGGUGUUUAUCGGGUGAAAACUCAUAGAACCGUCGCGAGCAUUUCUGGGUGUUAACAGAUCAAAAUAUGAAAAAUUAAACGAAAAUGUGUUAUUUAUUAAGAAUGGAGGAAACGUUUUUGCGUAUAAAUUAUAUUUCAGACUUGAUAAUUAAAUUUAUGGAUGUGAAUAUAGGCCAACAGCGCAUUAGUUUUCUUAUGUAACGCCUAUCCUCAAUAAUGUCACACGGGCAUUUUCGUUGUUUGAAUUUGAACAACAACUUUCAUCGAAUAACGGCGGAAUACAUAAAAUUACGCCGUAUUCUAUUUUUAAAAUUUCAAAAUCCUUUAAUCGGUGUAUUCUAGUCUUUAUUUUAUUCUUUGUGAUAGUGUCGUGAUGAAAAAUUCCAAAUUCAAAAUUUGAACAUUUUUAGGCAUUGUAAAAAUUUGGAAGCGUUUGUAUAAAAAAUUCAAAAUUAUGUAACAUGUAUUUCGGCUAUGUAUUUAGGCGUAGUAUAAAUUUUAGGCGUCGAAAUUGAUAUUUGGCAUUAUGAUAAAAUAAAAUGUAUAUAAUUUAGAAAUGUGCAGUGUUUGAUGUUUAGGAAAUAUGAAUUUAACGACAUUCAUCCCUUCUUUAGUUACGUCUGUAUAGAGUUAUUUAAUUAUAGUUAAGUUAAUUGUGUUUACUAUGAUGCCAUGUUUAAACUUAAUUUAAGUCUUGAUGUGUUUAUAAAAUAUUAUCUUUAUUUUUGUAGAAGUUAUUUUUAUUCAACUCAUAGUCAUAUUUAGUUAAGUUUUAACUAUAAUUUAACUUUGAACAAAAUUAUUAACCGUAACUUUAUGAUUUAACAACGCAAAAUGCUUAUUGUGUCAUUAAAAUGAGAAUAUUAAUUAUUGCCGAGACGGUUAGCUAUAAUUAUUUAAAAAAAUAAAAACAAUGAUUGA